AUGGCAUCAGGUCUUUUAUUCUGUGUGAUCCUCUGUUUGACCAGUGGACUGUGGACUGGAGCAAAUGCUCAAGGUCCAGAAGAAGGUGGAUGCCCUUCUCCAUGGAGACAGUUUCGUGACAGGUGCUACGUGGUCAGGUUAAGUGAAUUGGCAUGGGAUGAUGCACAGGCGGCCUGCGCUGCUGCGGGUGGGGAAUUGGCCAAAAUAGACACCGAAGCCGAAAGGGACUUUGUUAAAGAAAUGGUUAAAAAGGGGGCUGGCUCAAACAGAGAAGCUUGGAUUGGACAAGUUAGUUCAGCAAAGGAGAAUUUCCAACCCAGGAGUGAAGGAAAAUAUUGCUCUGAGGUUAACAACAAAGUUCCAGAACGUAAGGCUAUGGAUAAUCACAUCCAAGCUUCGCUCAAGUCCAGUAUAAUCCGGCCCUCAUCCUCUCCCGCAGGGGCAGGAUUCUUUGUCGUGGACAAGAAAGGCGGGUCUCUCAGGCCUUGUAUUGACUAUAGCUCGUUAAACAAGAUCACUGUCAAGAAUCAUUAUCCCUUGCCUCUAAUGACUUCUGCAUUUGAGCUUGUGCAACAGGCCCAGUGGUUCACCAAGCUGGAUCUCCGCAACGCUUUUCACCUGAUCCGCAUCAGAGAGGGGGAUGAGUGGAAAACAGGGUUUUGA